AUGAACAGAGGGGACGUUUCUGUUCCGCCUGAGGGUGUUUUGUUGAGGAGUCCUGCAGCGGCUGUCGUUGAACUAGAAGCAGCUCAGGCUGAGGGCCAGGAGUCGCAGAAUCCGUGGCCCCACCUGGAUGACUAUUUUGUCCUUAAGUCAAGGGAUACGAAGAAUGCCAAUAUUUUGUACUUCCUGUGCAUCAUGUGCCAGCACAGCGCGACCAUCAUCAGGGGACAGGCGGCGAGCCUCUACAACUUGAAGUCGCAUGUUAAGAGGAAACACCCAGCACAUGCCGUCAAGUUUGAGGAGAGAAUCCAGGCCGGAUCUUCCCUUGGAAAACAUGGGAAAUCUUCUUGUGGCAGUGCCACUAACAGGAACAGCAGCAAGUUAUCACAGCUGUCUGCAAAGAGAGCACGCCAGACCACCAUUGACGAAGUGUUUGUUGCUGUUGGCACUAGUGUCCGUCAGUCUGUGGUGGACACAAAGAUUGUGGACCUAUUCGUCUGUAAAACACUACCACUGUAUGUACUGGAAUCCCUCACCUUUGUCAGCCUGAUCAAGACGCUAAACUCCAACAAGAUUUCGAUAUCCAUCCGCACCCUGGGCAGGAGGAUUUUGGUCAGCCAUAAACAGCUGGAGGAAUAUCUUAUAAGGAAAUUAUGA